AUGCCCGACAACGCCCCGCUCCCGGACAAAGCCCCCAGCAGCAACGCCGCAACCGGCGCAUCGGCCGCGGGCGUGCGCGCGCUCACCUCCCAGGCCGUGGCCUUCUACUUCCGCGCGCCCGUCAAAGCCUUCUUCCGCACGCGCGUCGACUACCUGGCGUACGCGCGUGCGCUACAGGAGCGGGAGCGGGAGCGGGUGCUCGCUGCAUCCAUGUCUAGAGCAGGCCGAUGCGGAGGCGGAGGCGGCGGCGGCGGCCCAGGGGCGGCCUUCUCCAGCUGGCUGCGCACCCGCCUGCACGCCACUACCCCGGGCGUGCUAGCCGCCGCCGUCCGCCGCUACGGCUGGCACGUCAUCCCCGACCAGGUCCUACCGCCGCUGAUCGCCAACGUCGGGGUCGGCGCCGUGCUGUAUACGAGCUACCUGCAGGUGUUGGCGCGCUUGCAUCCCGACAGCGGGCGCGCCAGUAAGCGGGUGUAUCCGCCGCCGUCGCCGGGGGAGACCUUCGCCGCCGGGUUGGUGGCGGGGGCCAUUCAGAGCGUGGUUGCCGCGCCGCUGGAUGCGGUGCAGGCGAGAUGGGAUGUCGCGUCGGGGAGUGGGAACCCGAUGCGGGACGGGGUGCCCGUGGGACGGGAACGGCCGACGAGUAUGUGGGCUUUUAGCAGGGCCAAGCUAAAAGAGAUCGGGCUGAGGGGGAUCUUCGCCGGCUGGGGGCUGUCCUUUCUUAAGGAUAGCAUGGGCAGCGCCGUGUUCUUCAGCGUGUUUGAGUACCUCAAGGCGCAAGGGUACUAUGGCUUUGUGACGUGGUAUUACGGCGCGCUGAACGAGGAUGCCGUGGUGCUGCUGUCCCGGAAACGACCGGGGCCCGAGGACGGACGCCCGGGAAUGCGCCGGCAGGAGGACGAGGAGGAUGAUGGCCCCAGGAUGCCGACGAUCAUUCGUCCGCACUACGCCAUUGAGCCUGCCUUUCUGCUGCUUGCUGGUAUGGGCGCCUCGGUUGCGCAGCAGGUCGUGCUGCAUCCCCUGUCCCAUGUUCAGUCCGAGCACUGGGAGCGGCUGGAGGGACUGGACGCCAAGGCACGGAAGCUCAAGGGAGAAGCUAUGUCCGUGGACAGGCCGUCCAACUCGACACCCAAGUGGCGCAUGUUCAGGGCGUAUCGUGACGCAUACAAGACCACUUGGGCAGAGUGUGCUGCCGAAGCUCAAGCGGCCGGCCUCAGCAUGCGCCAGUGGUUGUAUCGCGGCUUUUGGUGGAAUACAAUCCGCCAAGUGCCCAGCACGAGCGCGGGAUUAAUCAUCUUUGAGUUGGUCAGGAGAAAGUAUGGUCUUGGCGGCGACCAGGUCCGGAUCAAUAGGGAUGGGUACGAUAUCCUUUUGGGUUAG